CUGGACUCGCCACCACUCGCCGCGGUGACGCUCCCCGUGUCUAAUAUAUAACUGCAGCCCCCGAGAUUAAAAGCUGUGAACUGCUUGUUCCUAUAUCAAAUCAGCCUGCUGCGAGCGCCCUUGUGCUCGACGAAACAUUGUUCCUGCGAAUCGCUCUUCAUUGCGAGCCGUCGUCGUCGCCGUCGUCAGUCUAUCAGGGACACCACCCAUACUUUAACAUCGUUCUAUUAUUGUCUGCGCUACAACUCGCCUCCUCCGACUUCGCAGCGUUCCUGACUUCUCGCUGCCUGUUAUAAUUGUCCCCCUCCCUUCCAACAUCCUCAACGUGCCCUCGCCCAUCCCACGUCGCUCACACACAAUACACGCCAAGUCCAGUCUUGAGAAGAUCGGCGGCAGUCCACUUCAGAUAUGAUAGCAGUCGCAUCCCCGUCCCGGCCUCAUCUCCCCUCUCCCAAUUCUCCUUCAUAUCGAUACCCCCCGCGCCACUCGCCCCAAGUUCUAGCGUCCCCCUCGAGCCCCGAUCGAGGCCGUCUCCAAACCACACCGCCUGCCUCGGCGCAGGCGUCGUCAUCCUCGCAGGACUCGCAGCUCAUAUACCUCUCGCGCCCGCGCCACCAUCAUCUAUACCCGCAAGCACACCAUACCAUAGAGGACGACGAGCCCGCCAUGAUCUACUCGACGCCCAACCGCCCCAUCUCCUCAUCCUCAUCAUCCUCAUCGGCAUUCACUGGCACCGGUCCUCCAUCACCCUCGCUCCCCAUCGCAACCCGCUCCGCGCCGGCCCUCCCCUCCCUGUCGAAAGGGUACACGUCAGUGUCCCCGAUCUCGUACGACGGCCGCGGGCGCCAGCAGGGGUACGUCGAGAACCCCGCGCAGCGCCACGAGCGCGUCGAGUUCCUCCGCCGGCGCGAGAACCUCAGGCGCGUCAGGGCGUGGGUGGAGGAGCUCAGCGAGAGCGGCCUCGCGGAGGUCGAGCACGUCGAGGACGUGGACGUCCGCGCCAGCGACGCGGCGGGGCGCGGGUCCGCACAGCGCCCGCCCGUCCGUCCGCAGAGCCGAGCGCCUGCGCACGCGCAUCAAGUGAUCUAUCACACCGCGCCGGCACCGCUGGCCCCGCCGGGCUGGGCGGCGGAUUCGUUCGCGGAGGAGCCGUACGUGUUCUACACGUCGCCCAACCACCCCUCUUCGCCCUCGCUUUCUCCGGCGUGUUACCGCUCGCCGAGCCCGUCGAGCGCGAGCGCGAGCUCGUCUGCGCGGAGCAUGAGCAUGAGCUCGAGCCCGCCCACGAGCGUGGGGAGCUCGAGUCCGAGUAGGAGUCCUGAGCGCGAUCAUUGUGCGGGCAAGGGAAGUGGAGGGCAGGGGAAGGGAGCGAAGAGGGAGAGGAGGAGGAGCGGCGCGUUGGGGAGACAUAGCAGGCAGAGUAGUCUGGAGAGCAUUAGCGAGGAGGGCGAGGGGGAGUAGGUAGAUGUGCGAUUCGCAUUACGGGCGGCGGAUGUAUGAAUGGAAAUGUAUCAUAGAUUUUUCUUACUCUCUGCUCAGUUUGUUGUGAUACCUACGUUGAUGUAGCACAAUCGAAUCGCUGCCAUGGCGCAUCUCACACAUUCAAGAGAUUGAAGCGU